AUGGCCAAGGAGCUGCGACGAGGAUUAGAACAUCACGCCCACGCGAGGGGUCCAUUGCGUGCAUCCAGAUCCUGGAACACACUCCCUUCGGAUAUUAUACACGAAAUUGUUCACUAUCUCAUCCCGUGUCAUUUGUAUCCCGGGGAUGAUGGCUACACAUCUUCUUUCCGUCAAUUUGUGACGAGUCACAUCCAGGAACGUGCCGCUUUGGCAUCUCUCGCUCUCGUCUCCUGUAAUUGGGUCAACCCUGUGAUGCGUGGCCUCUAUCGUAAAAUCGCAAUAUUCAUCUGCACCGAAGCAUCCGUAUAUUCUCUCCGCGAAUCACUAAAGUCCCAUGGGAACCUCGUUCGAACCAUCAUCCUCGAUUCUCGAAUCCGUCACUUAAAGAACCGACCAUCUCUCAUUGACAAGUUCCCCGAUCAGCUGACUCGGUUCAAUCAGAGGGCUAUACUGAUAAACGAAAUUAUCGCAUCAUGUUCGCACCUGAUGGGCUUGGAGAGUUUUGGCUGGUGCGAUGAUGCCUUUGCCGAACUCGCCCAGUUUAAUGACAACUUUGAGACUGUCGUCGCUUCUUCAACCUCCAUAAAACGUUUUAUGUGGACGAGUGGGUGUUAUUCACACGGGCUGCGCUGUGCUCUCCAGCACCUUUCUCGGACAUUAGAAACCUUGAUUAUUUAUGAAUGGGAUCCAAUCACUCCUAUGUCCACAUUCCGCCGGCCUUUUACUCCCAUCUCGCGCCUCCCUUCUCUUCCACGACUUUCAGAAAUCCGUCUUAAGAAAACGUCAGGCCCCAAAUUACCCCAUAUGCUUGAGCUUCUUAAAAGUACAGAAUGUGUUGGGGAAGAUGAGAGUGUUACUUCCCAUUUACGUGUGCUAGAAGUGCAGCGGCCAUACUAUUUAACGCCCAAGGAUUUCUUAUGGAUGAUACAAACGACCAAAGCGUUUUCCAAUCUCAGGACGUUGAUUCUCACCUGUCGUCCGGUCGGCUCAGACCAGUUCCCUAUCACCAAAAUAUGGGAAUGGCAUGAUUUUUCCGAACUCCCUUGUGCACUUUUCCAAAGCUCCCCACAUUUAGAAGAGCUCUCGCUCCUCAGUCCAAUUCCACUCUCUUCAUUCUCCAAACCGCCUGAAACACUUCGCAUAUUGCGCACCCUAAUUUGGCGGAGUUAUUUUGGGCCGCGUGAAUUCAUGCGCUUCCUGCACUCUCCAUCGAGUCGAAAUCUGAAGCUUAUCGAGCUACAGCAUACCUCGAGGACGGCGAUGGCGAAGUGGAAAGUUGAACUGGAAACUGUCUUACAAGUCGGACGUCGUCUUGGGAAAGAUAUCAUCAUCCCGACGGAAAUUUAUCCCGAGCCGCAAUUUAGACAACCUGGUGCAAUAAUAACCAGAAUCACGCGGUACAGUCGCUCUGUAUGUAUUCCCACAGUGGACAAAUCCAUCCAGAAAUCUCGCAGAGCUGAAUGUCGCCUUGGAACAGAUGUCGUUAUACUAAUCUACCCGCUCUAA